AUGACUGGUGACCAGCGAGGCAUCGACGACUCUGAUUUCUAUACCACCACAUACGCAUCGUUCUACUGGGAUGUGGGGGCCGGGCCCUGCAGAGCACUGCUGUCAACUGCCGGGCUCCAGAAUGGGGUGUAUGAGGCCUCCAGGAACAUCAUGGAGGCUAAGGAGGUCCAUCUGGAAGCAUCCCGCUACUUCACCUACCUCCAUCCCCGAGAUCUGGUCAGUGUACCAGAGUGUCAGCUGGACUCUGCCAUGCGGCUCUCAUCCCUGGACAUCUCCCACUCUGCCCUGCUGAACGAGAUGUGACCCUAUCAGGGGACUGAGUAGAGCUGGUGGUACCUGGCCAACCUGAUCCAACACUUCCCCAGUUUCUGCCUCCUGGAUGCCAUCGGCCACCCCAUCAGCUGGCGCCUCAUGGACCCCUUUGGUACCAUGGUGCAUAGCUACACCCUGCCCCAGCACUGUGGGCACGGCUACAUGCAGGUGCUGAUGAAUGUCAUGGUCAAGCAGAUGCAUGCACGGAGCUAUCCCAGCUACUGCCAUGUGGCCCUGGACUACCACCCCACAAAGAGGCUGCAGGAGAGGCAGGGCUUCCAGCGCCAGCCCAGCCUGUGCCACUUCAUCCUCCACAACCCAGCGCUGGGCAUGGCCCCUGCUGGAGCCCCCAGCCCAAGGGAGAGUGUUGGGCUUCUCCAGGGAUCAGUGUUGGGCCCAGUUGGACCAAUAACAUCCCCCAGUUCCCGUCCCACAGGGUCUGCCCUUCUCCCAGACCCAUAG